AUGGCCCGGCCAUCGCCUUUCCUGGAGCCUGGCAGCGUUACCACGGCUGACAACCUUGCCAUCGUUCUUCUUUCUCGCGACAAUCUCCAGCCGAUCACCCUCGAGGAGUCCAGCGGCGCGGUCGAUGGCUAUGCUGAAGGCACUAUGCUGAAUACCCGGUUCGGGUCUUUUCCGCACUCAACCCUUCUCAACAUCCCAUGGGGAUCGCAAGUCCGUGCAUCUGCAGUGGAUACUGGGUCAAGAGGGCGGAAGCGCCGCCGGGAAGCCACCGACGAGGACACUCCGACGACGGGCCCCGACGAUGAGGACAAGCAAACGACGUCAAAACCUGCCAAGAAGGCUGUCGCUGCCGCGAGUGGAUUUAUUCACAUCUUGCGACCAACUCCCGAGCUCUGGACAAGCAGCUUGCCCCAUCGAACGCAAGUCGUUUACACCCCCGACUACAGCUAUAUCCUACAACGCAUUCGAGCGGUUCCCGGGACACGGAUCAUUGAGGCUGGCUCGGGAAGUGGGAGCUUUACACACGCAUCUGCACGAGCAGUCUACAACGGGUAUCCCCAAACCGAGACUGAUGUGAAAGGAAAGGUCUUCAGCUUCGAGUUCCACGAGUCUCGAUUCCACAAGAUGCAGGAGGAGGUUGAGGGUCACAGACUCAGCGGGAUCGUCCAGCUCACGCAUCGCGACGUUUAUCAGGGUGGAUUUCUAGCCGGUGGCGAGUCUCCCAAGGCCACCGCUGUGUUUUUGGACCUCCCUGCUCCUUGGGAAGCCCUACAUCACCUAUCACGACAAAAGCCAGAAAAGCUCAAAGGCAGCGACAAUGCGGAAAGUGGAGAGUGGCUGUCGCCGUUGGAUCCGAAGCAGAGUGUUCACAUUUGCACAUUUUCCCCGUGCAUCGAACAAGUUACCCGCACCAUUGAAGAGAUGAGAGUCCUGGGAUGGACGGACAUCGAUAUGGUUGAAAUCGCGAACCGACGAUUCAGCACCAUUCGGGAACGAAUCGGGGCGAAUUUGCCAGCCGAAAAGGGCAAUGUUCAAACGCCUGCCGAUGUGAAUGAAGCCGUGGAUAGAUUACGGCAAAUCAACAAGAAGACGAAGGAGUUUCACAGGGCGCAGGCUCUCUCCACAACCAAUUCGGCAGAUGCGUCGGAAAUGGACAUCGAUACGCCGCCGCCGACGUCCAAUAAGGACAAGGCAAAUGGCAAAGAGCCCAUGAGCGAAGAGGAUGCUAAGCCAUGGAUGUACGGUAGGCUUUACCACCGGGCCGAGGCGGAGCUUAAGACUCAUACCUCGUAUCUCGUCUUUGCUACCCUCCCACGCGAAUGGAGCGACGAAGAUGAGGCAGCGGCAUCGGCCAAGUGGCCUUGUGGCAAGGAACGCAACAUCAUUGGAAGCCUUGACAAGCAAGUUCGAAGACAGCAAACACGGGAAAAGUUACAAGCGAAGAAGAAGCAGAAGCAGGAGCAGAAGCAAGAACACAAACAGGCGCAAAAGCAGAAGCAGGGAGACGAUACCCAGGUCACAGAGGUGGAGGAAGCGGAGGCGGCGGAGGUGGUUGAGGCGUCGAAAUAA